GCAAAAAACAACCGGGAGCAGAAUCAGAUGAGGAUGAUUGGAGGCGCUGGUUGCCAGCAGACUACGUCUCCCAGGCAGAGGCACAAAGCACCGUGGUCGACGUCUCGGAUGAAGAUGAAGAACACCAGAUUGGCGGCACGAACGUGCGCGACGCUGCCACCCAGCACUACGAGUACGAAGGAGAAUACCAGGGAAAAAUGAAAAUUCGAAGGCUGCCAACUACCCAGGAAGAGGAAUGGCUGCAGGACUAUGAAAACCGACAGCGAGACAGCCAGGAACGUGUGGAAAUUCUGGCGGACCUUCGCGAAGAAGAGGCAACUCAGCAAGCGUACCAAGAGUUUGAAGAGGAGGAAAUGGCCAGAGCCAUUCAAGAG